UUGGACGUCAGCCUCAUUCCAGAGAUUCGGGAACGUGUACGAAUCCAAUGCGCCAAAGUGGGUGCCAUCAAAAAGAUUGCUGUUUAUGAUGUGAGUUGUCUCUUCUUCCUCCUCUUCACCACUCCUGGUUUGCAUGCCUACGGUCUAAGCUGUGUUUGUGUUGGCUUGACCAAUCCUGAAGGUGUGGUCACUGUGACCUUCAAUACGCCAGAGGAGGCAGAUGUAGCAGUUGGCUUUCUGGACAAGGCUCUCUUCACCUACCGAGCACCGGUUAUCGAAGGUGCUGAUGAUGGCGGAGGCCAGCGGACUCGACAGCUGCGCGUUGAGCGAUGGGACGGGCGUGAACGUUUUGAUAAGUGCGGUGAAAGUGCAGAGGCUGAGGCAGAGCGACUGGAGCGGUGGAAUAGAUUCAUAGGUGACGAUCCUGACGUUGACGAUGAAGAAGAAAGC